GAUUUCAUGUUCUAACUUGCUAAUGCAAAUAAAUAGCAGUGAACAGGGAGUGACAAUUUUACCAGAAGAGGAUUAAGUCACGGGCUGUGAUUGGGACAGUGUUUGUGGAGUCAGAUAAUCUCAUCAGAGAUCUCCAGGAAUCUAUCAGCAGUUGUCAAAACUUCCUUUUACACGUGUGAGUGAAGAAGGGACCAGAAGAAGCAGGUAUCGGUGCAGAGUGGUACUUGGAGAACCUGCACAAUGCAGCCUGAGAAAGGCCAAAAGAGGAAAAGCCUGAAGCAGAGACUGGUCUUGAAGAGCAGCUUAGCUAAAGAAACAUUCUCUGAGUUCUUGGGCACGUUUAUAAUGAUUGUCCUUGGAUGUGGCUGUGUUGCCCAAGCUACCCUCAGUCGAGGACACUUUGGAGGAAUUGUCACUAUCAAUGUUGGAUUUGCAAUGGCAGUUGUAAUGGCCAUCUAUGUGACUGGAGGUGUCUCUGGUGGCCAUAUCAACCCAGCUGUGUCUUUUGCAAUGUGUCUCUUUGGACGAAUGCAAUGGUCCAAAUUGCCUUUUUAUGUAGGAGCCCAGUUCUUGGGAGCCUUUGUAGGAUCCGCCACCCUCUUUGGUAUUUACUAUGAUGGACUCAUGUCCUUUGCUGGUGGAAAACUGCUCAUCAUGGGAGAAAAUGCAACAGCACAUAUUUUUGCAACCUAUCCCGCUCCAUAUCUGUCUCUGGAGAAUGCAUUUGCAGACCAAGUCGUGGCCACCAUGUUCCUCCUCAUGAUUGUCUUUGCCAUCUUUGACUCCAGAAACCUGGGAGUUCCCAAAGGCCUAGAGCCCAUUGUUGUCGGCCUCCUAAUUGUUGUCAUUUCUUCCUCUUUGGGACUGAACAGUGGCUGUGCCAUGAACCCAGCCCGAGACCUGAGUCCCAGACUUUUCACUGCUUUGGCAGGAUGGGGAUUUGAGGUCUUCACAGCUGGAAAUAACUUCUGGUGGAUUCCUGUAGUGGGCCCUUUGCUUGGUGCUGCCAUUGGAGGUCUCAUCUAUGUUCUCGUCAUUGAAAUCCACCACACAGACCCUGACACAAACUUCAAUGGAGAACAAUCUGAGGACAAACUAGAGAAAUAUGAACUUAAUGUGGCAAUGUAGUAGUGUGCUCAGUUCUGGGUUCACAAUUGGUUGAGCUGGUGUUCUCUUCAGGAAAGAUGGCAUCCAGGUGUCUGUUUUCAUAAGACUGGGGUGGAUCAACCCAGUUUUCUCUGCUAGCCACGCGGUACAUCUAAUUGGAAAAACAUCGGAGUAAAGUUUUGAAAACACUGACCUCUUCUCCACCACUUCUCCCCUGCAGAAUAGCAGGACUGUCUCCUGAAACAGCCUUCUCUCUUGUCCUGUUUAUUUCAUCCUUUGAUGGAAAUUUUUGUUACUGGGUAAGCACUAUUACUUGGAACCUGGACCAUGGACUUAUUUGGAUGGUCUCAGCUGCAUUACCUUAUGAAAUAUUAUCACCAAAAGCCUUAUUUUCAAAGCCACAAAGGUUACAUUCUGAGUAUCAACCAAAACUAAAUUGAAAGAUGAAACAGUAGUUUCAAUUAACAUAUCCGUGGAACUAAUGGGUUAACUCUCUAGUUAUGUUGUGCUACUCUAAUUGUAUAAAUAUUGAUAUUCUCUAAACCUAUGGAUGUAGGAAGCAGUAGAACCCAGCUGGAAAGCACAGAAGGACAUUGUGGCAUUCAGAAACCUCAGGAAACAUGAUAAAUUUGGGAAACCAAAUGGAAUUUUUUUAAUGGAAACCAUUUAUCAGAUUAAUGUCUUGCUCUUUGCAUUUUUAGAGGGCACCAAUUAAUUUCCUGGCCUUUGGUAUAUAAUAACCUAAAAUAUAAUCAUAACCUCAGUUAUGAAAAAUACAUCACUCUGUAUUUUUUAGCUCAAAUGUAUUUUCCUAAUUGCCCACGUGAGGACAGACAAAUGACAAGUUAAGUCAAUGAUUGCAUUCAUCCAUUAUUUUGUACAUGCCCUAGAAGCCAAAACUGAAAGCCACUGUCUGGCUCCUAGCCUAGUAUAAUCUUCAGUAACGGAAGGUAUCUGAAAAGGUAAUAUACGUUGGAUUUUACAAUCCACAAAGCACUUUUACCAUAUUAUAUAAUUUAAUCCUCACAGUGACUAUCUGAGGUAAACACUAUGCUGCCCAUUUUUCAGAUAAGAAAACAAAAUCUCAGGAACGUCAAAUGAGUUGCCUAAGGUCAUGGGGAAAGUUGAACAUCAUCUAACGCAUCCUACACCUUUCAGAAGAUCAAUAACUGGCUGAGAACCUUGGCUAGCCCUUCCUGGCUGACCACAAGAAGCGGGAUUGGCAGGUAUCAGAACAUGUACAACUGGACAAAAUUCUCCUGGAUCCUAAGAUUUAAAGACCUUCAUUAUCUGGUUUUAUUCCCACUGUUACUAAUGUACUAACAAAGGACAGAGUUAGUGAUUUGAUCAGAUUUUGUAUCUGCUGAAAAACAUAAGAAGGCUUCCUUUUCUAGGCUACCCUUGGUUUAGCUAAGUCUUGAUUUUCCCUCCCUGCCAAUCUCAUACAUGAUGUUUAGAGAAUUUUCUCUUGGGUCGGCUCUUCCCUGUGAAUCCUUUGAUUGGUAUCACUUUGGUAAAAAGAGUAUGAGUGAUAAGCACCAGAGAAAUUGCUCUACAUCAAGUGAUGAACCUUUAAACUGUGAAAAAGCCCAGAAUUCCCAAAGGAUCCAGUUUCCCAACUGCUUUGUGAUAACAACAACAAAAAGCAAAGGUGAGAUGUCUCCAGUGGCCUAUAUUUUGUAAUCUACUGACAUGGAAUUUUUUCCUUGCUCCAAAACUUCGUAGAUAUUUCCUAUUUUAAAUAAAAUUAUUUUUUGUUUGUUUGAGUUCUUAUAA